AUGAACGAUGGAAUGUAUUGGAUCCACAAAGGAUGCAAACUAGACAAAGAUGAAUUUGGUAUUAUUGGAAUCCAAGUUGCCGUUAAAAUUCCGAUACAGCUAACAGAUGGGGAUACAGUAUUUAAAUUCGUUGAAACUUUAUUAACAAUAAGGAAUAUUUUGCACGUCAAUAUAUCUCUUCUAUAUUACACGCUUCCAACUAGUUCAAGUAGUAAUACAGAAAAUAGCUCCACAGUAUCUUCUUCAUCAAGAUCAACAUCACUACCAAAAAUGAAAAAAGAAAGUCUAUGA